AUGCCUUCGGAAGUAGAAACCUCAGUGCUACGAUUUCAUAACUCUUUGAAGGUUGUAGAAGACAUGGUAAAACCAUUACUUGAACAACCACUCACCUCCAAAACAUCUAAAUUAGAUCCAGAAUCAAGAGCAAAAGUUAAUCUUUGUUGUGCAUACACAGUGAACACUCUAUUUUAUCGUAUGUUUAUCAAAUGUUAA